AUGGCGUCCGAGGUGCAAAAUUCGAACCCCACGAUCCUGAAUUCCGCCGACCUGCCCACACGGCUGCGUCCCGCAGUGUCCCACAAGCCCGGUGUCUUGAAGACCGGCGUCUUUGCUACGGCGCUUCCUGCAGAUCCAAUCGACCUCCUCUCGACCAGCCCUCCGUUGUCAGCGGAAUCGGACAAUGAUGAUGACUUGAUGGAAGAGCCUAUUGAUGAGCAAGAGAUAUAUGAUCUUGUGUCGACGAUAUCUGACCCAGAGCACCCGAUAUCCCUGGGAGCGCUUGCCGUUGUCUCGCUUCCGGAUAUCUCGAUUGUGCCAACGCUUCCAGAUGUCCCAAACUCGCCUCUUCGGACGGUGACCGUCCUUAUUACCCCGACGAUCACACACUGUAGUUUGGCUACCGUUAUAGGGCUCGGUGUUCGUGUUCGACUCGAGCAGUCUCUUCCACCACGCUUUCGCGUCGACACAAGAAUCAAGGAAGGGACCCACAGUACUGCCGACGAAGUCAACAAGCAACUAGCUGAUAAAGAAAGAGUGGCUGCUGCCUUGGAGAAUGGGACUCUGAUGGGUGUCAUUGCUAAGAUGCUGGAAACGUGUCAGUAA